CAACGAUGAGCGACAAUGUUGAAAUUUAGAAGGAGGAUCUCUUGUUCCGGAUUGGCCAGAGUCGUCACAAGCUGCUGUGAAGUUUCUAAAAAACCAAAAACAGUGAACGCGUCCCUGACAUUCCGAGCAGCAGUCUUCCGCGUCUUCGAGCUUGGAACUCCGAAAACAACAAUGAGUGAGUCACUGACUGUGUGCGAUGUGGAUGAAGAUCUGAUCGAGAAGUUGAAGAAGUUCCGUCUGCGCAAGGAGACCAACAACGCGGCCAUCGUCAUGAAGAUCAAUAGAGAGAAGCAGCUGGUGGUCUUGGAUGAAGAACACGAGGAUAUUUCUCCCGACGACCUGAAAGAAGAGCUCCCGGAGAGGCAGCCUCGAUUCGUGGCGUACAGUUACAAAUACCAACACGACGACGGCCGCGUCUCCUACCCCCUUUGCUUCAUCUUUGUGAGCCCCGUGGGUUGCAAUCCGGAGCAGCAGAUGAUGUACGCGGGCAGUAAAACCAGGCUGGUGCAAACCGCGCAAAUGACCAAGGUGUUUGAAAUCCGAAACACAGAGGACCUGACGGAGGAAUGGCUCCGGGAGAAACUGAGCUUCUUCCGCUAAGGAAUCUGGGCAGGUUCACCUGCGCUGUUCUCUCUGCCAGCCACCUCCUGAUUUGAAUCCUGUUUACGACUUACUGUCUUGUUCUAGACUUCUCACUGGUUAAAAUGUUUGGGGGGGGGGGGGGGGACGCUUGAGGCAGGGACUGUUAUUGCGGAGUAUACAUGCGCUAACCAUCCGGGUCUUGUCCCGUCCUCCCGUUUUGUGCUUUCUGUGCGUCUGUGUCGAAUGAAAGUUCUCAUAGUGGACCAAGACUCAUCCUCACUUCCCAAGUGUUUUGGGAGGGUUUCCACCGGUUCCAAAAGUAUUAGUUUCACUCCUUUUGUCUUACCUUUGCAAGUACUGUUUAUCUUUUUAUUAUUAGUUUUUUUGCAGUUUCUGUUUGGGAGAUCAAACAUCCUGCCUCAACAUGUGAAAUUCAGAUAGUGAUGAGAUAGUUUUAGUAUGCAAUCAAGAUGGCCGACAAGUUGUUUACCAUCCCAUCCACAGUCUUAUAAUCCAAGCAGGAAAGGAAUCUGGAGUGAAAAGUGACGUUUACAAUUGCGAAGAAUUAAAAAUCUUGUGCUUCUUCGAUCGGAUUUGAACAAAUGAGCCGUUUUAGUUUAUUAGCUAAUAGUUGCACCAUAUUUUGUGGUAUGUCCACUUUUUUUUAGGCGGAAUGCAGGGUUACGUGUACACGUGUUGGCUCCUAUGACAUCAUCAUCUGGUGCUCUCAUCUCAAAACAUUCCAAACUGGACAAUUGACACACUUUGCAAAAAUCUUGAAGGCUGAGUGUCCUUAUUCCGAUUUAUUAUUAUUAUUUUUUGCGAGUCGUGUUGGUGAAUUUUGUGGAGAUAAUGAAUGCUACAUGUUCUUCGAACGACACCAAUCUGGAAUGUUUCAUGAGGAAUUUUUUUUAAAAUAUUGUUGCUGGAUUACAAUUCUCUGAAUGUGCUGAAUUCCUGUUUCAGGCUCCACUUCCCUUAACGUCAUCUUGGAUUUGUACGGAUGGCAAAAACUAGUUGAUUUGAAAACACCAUUAUGCCAACUUUGUAUGAAUUUUUUAUUUUUUUAAUCAGUGGAUUAUUUCACCCACGGUUUUUCCGUGUAUUGGAUGUGCCAGUGGCGUUAAACUUUGUGCCAGUAACCUUUUUUGAUUUUUCACGUUCAUAUAUUUGUUAUUGUAUUGGAUCAUUGGUAGAUCUUUUCAAAUCACAUUUGCUUUCAUUAAUAGUCCAAAAGUGAACCUGUGAGUAAUAAAGCUUUGAUGGGCAGGAUAAAA